UGAGCUUUGUGGUGGUUCAAAUUUGCUGUUUAGCAUCACACCAAAAUGCUGAGCUUUUUGAGUUUACUGUUGUUUGCUGGAGUAUGUUUAUCUGUUGUUAGCGCAGAGCUUAUUCCUGCAAGCACAGAUCCAUGCAAUCUAAAUGAAGAUCUUACUAUAGAUGUACGAUACCCGGUAGAAGAUCCAGACGAUGUGAGAUGUGGAGCCGAGCGAGAGCUGGAAGACGUUAACGGUCGUGACGCUCCUGAAGUCGGUAUCCAAAUGAAGGAUGAACUCGAAUAUUUAGAAGAUUUCCUCGGUAUGGAAGGGAGGGGAGAUGAUCAGGAGGCAUUCUUCUUUACCCUUGUGAUGGUAGACCCGGAUGCACCGACUGAUGAAAGCGACCCAAUGUAUUUUCUGCAUUGGCUCAUCGUUGAUAUUCAGGGAGCUGAUUUUACGAAUGGACAUGGAAGGGAGAUUAGAAGUUACACUGCCCCAAGCCCUCCUCCUGGCAGUGGCCCUCAUCGCUACCAAUUCUUUGCCUUCAAGCAACCUAACGGGGCAUUCACAGAUACCAUCUAUGGCGUCCCGGAGGGCAGCAGAGCCAAUUUCAACCUCAAGCUUUUUCUGAUGGAGAAUAGAUUGGGGGCACCAGAAGUAGGGUACCAGUUUCUAUGUGAGAAUGAAGAAGAGUAAAUGAAAGAUGUUUCAAGUCGUGAGUGAACUGGAGGAAUUCAACGUUUUUCAAGAUGGCGACAUCGCAAAAUAUGGCCGUAUCUACUUCAACAGUAUGACUAUAUUUUAAACGACAGUUAAAAGUUUGUAGUUUAUUAAAAGGUUUUACUUUUUCCCUUGAAGGGAAGGUCCUAAAAUUGCUUUGGAUAGUAUAAAGCAUUUUGAGAAUCAUUUCACUUCAAAGUCAAGUGGUUAUAGUUAUCUGGCAACUUCGACGGCCACUUCCUGGAAGGGAAUUUUUUCUCAAAAUAUUAUACAUUAUCAUAUCAGACGCAUUGCUUGUAACCAAGUAAGUUUUAUGGUCAUUAAUUUUUUUAGUAACUACCAAGGUACGUACAAAAUUUGGUAUUGUUUGGGAUAUUUUGGGGAAGUAGAUCAUAAAAACUUGUUGUUCUAUAGCAGAAAUGGUUUUCUUUUGUGAAGAGUGGUUGGUGGUUGUAGAUUGUAGACUUCCCAACUAUUGAUGGUUUGUGCAUGGAGGUAGAUUCAUGGUUUGUGUAUCUGUGAUCCCCAAUCAUUAUGACUUUUAGUUACACGAUGUAUCUCUGUGAAUCACACAACACCGUGUUAAAGGCACUGGACACUAUUGGUUAUUACUCACAAUAAUUGUUGGCAUAAAAACUUACUUGGUAACAAG